UGCAUCACUGGACUUAUGGUAGUUUCUUAGCUAAUAUCCUGUUAACAGUCUAAUUGCUCUUCUCUGAACUGGUCUAGUUUCUCUAAAUCUCAUUUAAAGUGUAAUGUCCAGAACAGAACACAAAACUUAACAUAGGUCAAAGCAGAAUAAAUUAUUAUUUCCUGUGAUUUGAAAAUUUUACUUCUGUUGAUGCAGCCUAUAAUUCAUUCAUAGUACUAUUUUGCAACUAUGCCAAUUGCUGACAUGGUAACUUUCCAAUCUACUACCACUUUAAGAUCUUUUCAGAUAAAAAAUACAGUUAGAUAAAUGAAAUACACAUAAGCUAUGUUUUAGUUAUUCAUCCAAGUAACAGAUACUCUAAAAUUUCUGGUUUUUAACAAGUAGAUGAUACCUGCAUAAGUUACUGUCUAUCACAAUAGAGCUAUAAAGUUUGAACCAGUUUAGGGGGAAACAAAUAGAAGGAGCAAGAGAAGCAGCCUGUUCUUUAACACUAAUCAUUUUAAGCCACUUCCAGGAGGGGAUGCAAGUCAGAUCAUGAAUUGAAGAGGGGCCAUUAUAUAAUUCUACUUUUACAAGGUUUGCUUCUUCUAUAAUAUCCUGGCUUCUUGUUGCUGCUUCAAUAUAUUUAGGAAAUAUAAAGGAAUAAAUAAAGGAAUGUCUGCAUUUUCAUCCUGCGCGUGAUGGCUUCAGAUUGACUCAAGGGAUCAACAUGUACAGAUGGAAAGAGCAAGAUACUUUGCCACUAAUACAGAGAAUCCUGUAUUUACCCUCUGAACAAAGGGCAGAGUUUUUUCAGUGCAAAACUUCCUUUCAAAAAGAAAAAAAACCCACUCUUUGCUCCUCAGCAGAUUGAUCAGGCCGAGAUAUCUCUCUACUCAUCUGUUUGCCAGGAAAGGCAAGAUUGUCUAUCAGUUCUACAGUAUCUACAGUAUUGCAAACUCACUAACAUGUUAAUGUGCCCAUUUCUGUAGCAUUCUGCUUGUCUGAAAAUAAAACUCUCUGAGUCAAAUUAUGAAAUCAAAAGACUUGGCUUAUGGAAGGACUGAUCAACUGGAAAUGCCCCAAAUAUCAAGGAUGAAAUAGUUUUCCUGGCUGGUUUGAAAGGUCUUCUUCCUUCUGCUGUCAGAAAUCUGAUUCGAUCAAAUAAACUCAACAUUAGCAAUACCUCCGGAAUGGCAGAAGGUAAAUAUAAAGGAUUUGUACAGGCAAAUGUUAUCAUUAUGCAUAAAUCUUUUGCUGAUGACUUUGAAAAAUUUUGUCAAGCAAAUGAUGGACCGCUUCCCUUGCUGUAUAGAAGUAAGCCAGGGGAAUGGAAAUGUCCUUUCUUGAGCAACAGUUCUGAUAUAAGAAGUGACUGCUUGCAAUACAAGAAAUAUGAGCACGGAAUAUCCACAGGAAUUGUGACAAAUCUGAAAGAAUAUUCUGAACAGUUUAAAGACAUGGUGACCUUUUAUCUAGGCUGUAGUUUUACAUUUGAAAAGGCACUCCAGAAAGCUGGCAUUCCUGUAAGAAAUGUGGAACAGAAAUGUAAUGUAAGCAUGUACAAGACUGCUGUUCCUUGCUGUGAUACUGAAUGUUUUCACUGUAAUCUAAUAGUAACUAUGAGAUAUAUACCUAAAGAUAAACUGAAGGAGUGUGUGCAAAUCACCCAUCCAAUGAAAAAAUCACAUGGAGCACCAGUUCACAUUGGCUCUUCUGAUUUGUUAGGAAUUAAAGAUCUCUCCAGUCCAGAAUAUGGUGAUGCAGUACAAGCUCAUCCUGGAGAUGUACCAGUCUUUUGGGCCUGUGGUGUAACAGGAAUAGAAGCUGUCAUCAAUUGCAAAGCUCCACUGGCUUUUACCCAUUCACCUGGUUGCAUGUUUAUCACUGAUUUGGAAGUUGAAGAUGAUGCAUCUGGUAAUGAUAAAGAUCUCCCUGAAGUCUACUGUAUUUCUCAGGAUCCUUUGCAUUAUAGCAUUGCUUCAACAGCAGCUGUAAAGAAAAUUAGAGGCUUAGAAAACAUAAUAGCGAUAGAUCCAGGGAACAGAGGUGUGAAACAUCUGUUUUCUCAGGAUGAACUUCUGAAGGCAUGCCUGUCGCUUUCCCAUGCAAAAUCGGUGUUGAUUACUACAGGAUUUCCCACCCAUUUCAAUUAUGAACCACCUGAAGAAAACGAUGGGCCGCCUGGAGCCAUUGCAAUGGCAGCAAUCUUGAAAGCCAUGGAAAAAAAUGUAGUUAUAGUAACUGAUCAAAGAGCUCUCGAUUUAAACAGAAAGAUUAUCAAGGAAUCUGUUGAGCAAGAAAUACUUCAAACACCUGUUCCUGUAAUCAGCUACCAAAGCAAUUCUCCAGAUUCAGCUCUGCAGUUCUUAUGUGAAGAUGGGAAUCCAGAAAAACCGAGAUUUAAUCAUUUGAUAGCAAUAGAACGUGCUGGGAUGGCUGCUGAUGGUAAUUACUAUAAUGCAAGGAAAGUUAAUAUUAAACAUUUAGUAGAUCCCAUUGAUGAACUCUUUAUAGCUGCACAAACUCUGCCAGGAAUUACUACUACAGGUAUUGGAGAUGGAGGAAAUGAAUUAGGAAUGGGAAAAGUAAAAGAAGCCACAAAGAAGCACAUUAAAAAUGGAGAUGUCAUAGCUUGUGAUGUGGAAGCUGAUUUUGCAGUUGUUGCAGGUGUUGCCAAUUGGGGAGGCUAUGCAGUUGCUUGUGGACUAUAUAUCCUCAAAACAUGUGAAAUACAUGGCCGCUAUCUGAGGAAAGCUGUUGGAUAUCCCAGGUUUUCCAAGUAUAAGAACUGGGCAUCAGCAUUACCUUCUGUGGCUAAGGAAGAAAACAUGCUGAAGAUAUUACAGCGGCAUCACGUUCGCAGUGGAAUAACUGCAAGUUUGGCAAUGGAAGUGGAUGCUCUGCCGUUCUUUGACAUUCAUUCAAAUUUAAUAGAAAGACUGCGGGAGGAAACUUUCAAAUAAUACUCCAUCUCUAACAAUAUGGUAUAUUAAACACAUUUAAUCCAGAAUAUAUAUUACCACUACAUUCCCUGAUCAGAUAUCCUGCCACAAUUUAUUAUUCCAAAUAGUAUGAGGUUGAAGAAUGUGUAAUUAUACAGUAAAUUUCUGGAAUAAUGUGAAGGCAGAAUUAAUAGAUUUUUCAGAAUGAUAUCUUUUUUUAAUUAUCUGAGUAAAAUAUAUCAACAAUAAAUUAAUUGAGAAUGUAUUUUCUUAGAUUUAAACAAGAUUCAUCCCUGCCUCAUUUACCAGAUGCCCUGUUAAAACUGUAAUUCAGGCAGUAGCCAUUUAAUUUGAUUGCAAGUGAGCCGACUCUAUUUUUCUCUGAAUUUCACCUCAGAGAAUCCUAGGAAGCCUCCAAAGGAAAGUUGUAGACACUGAGUUCUGAAAUACUUUCUUCUCUCCCAUUAAAUAAUAGGAAUAGAAGGGGCACUUAGGCUACUGAGUUCAACUCUUUGUUCAGGGCAAGCAUCCAAAUUAAAAUCCACAAAAGUCUGUCUAGCUUUUCUUGAAUACUUUAGUAGGCAAUUGGUUGCGCUGUCAAGCUGCUCUUCUUAGGAGGAGAUUCUCAACUUUGAACCAGAAUGUCAGCAUUCCAGAAAAAACCUCAACUCUAAGUAAAAACUCUGAAGCAAGCGUUUUUCAAAGUUCUAUUUACUAGAAUAGGUAAACUGGCACAUCUGGGAAAACCCGAAUCUGAGAGGUCCGGGUUUUCCCUUAGUAAAUAAAAACCCCCCAAACCAUCCCCUCAGUCCUCAGUCGAUCACAUGCUCCAAUCAACCGCUGUCCUAUCUCGAGACAGCAUUCCGACCACUCCUUCUCCAGAUGCUGGAUCGGCCUGACCUUGACCAAUAGGAAGAAUGCUAUUAUGUCUAAAGUCAACCCCUCUACUAAAUCCCCCCUCCUACUCCCACAUGAGAAGGUGGCAGCAUGGAAGCUUCUGGACUAAUAUGGCUUCCAAAGCUGACAGGCAUCCCCCCCUGCAGAAAAAAACACACCCUGAAAAAUAAAACAUACAAAACAAAAAAUGGGGUUAACGCCUUGUACAUAACCUCUUAACCCUCUCUCCCCCCUCCAGGAGAACCCUCUGGUUUCUCAGGGAAUUUAUCAUGAAAUUGCUUUACUAGAGUAUCGGCAUUCACAUCCCAACUUUUCACCCAAGUAGCUUCAGACAACAGGUACCCUUUCCAGUGUACCAAAUACUGUAACCAACCCCUGUAUAGUCUAGAGUCUAGAGUCAAGGAUCUUCUUAACUUCAUAGCUCUGGACACAGAGUCUGUCUUCCACUAACUUGAGUUAUUACAUGCCUUGUCCUCUAGAAUAAUAAAUAAUGAGUUGUGGCCUUCUCUAUGAUAUUACUCUGUGAUUCUCUUCCAGUAUGAAGAGAGUGGUAGCAUAUUCCCACUCAAUUGCCUUUUCUUUCUAAAUAAAUGUAUUCAGUUCUUUCUAUCACUACUCAUAGAAUAUAAUUUCUAGUUCCACAGUCAAACUUUGCUGUCCUUUUCUUGAAUCCUCCUUAAAGGCCAUGCCCAUGAUAGAAAUAUAAAACACUAUACAGCAAGAAUCUGCCAGCAAAAAAUACUGCCACCAUUAAAUGUGAUUGCUUAAUCUUUUCUGCCCUUAUACAGGUAGUCCUUAACUUAGAAUUUCCAUAGCUAAGCAUAGUUGUUAAGUGAGUUGUGCCCAAUUUUAUGACUUUUUGCCACAGUUAAGCCAAUCACUGCAGUUGUUAAGUGAAUCACAUGGUUAUUAAGGGAAUCCAGCUUCCCCUUUUAUUUUACUUGUCACAAGCCAGUUGGGUAGCUCGAAAAUGGCGGUCACAUGACCAGAGGAUGCUACCUGUGGUCAUGUGACCACCAAUACAUGCUGGUUGCCAACCAUUGGAAUUUCGAUCACAUGACUGUGGGGAUGCUGCAGUGAUUGUAAAUGCAAGGCCUGAUCAGAAGUCACCUUUUUCAGUGCUCUUGUAUCUUUGAACAAUUGCUAAACAAAUGGGUGUAAGUUGAGGACCACCUGGGCUUGCUUGUUACUAAAUUGUGUUGUCCUCCUUGGUGUGUGUGCUUUUCUCUCCUUUGUAACGUAACCUUCUCGUUGUGAAUACCACCUUACCAUGGCAAACAUACCCAACUCAAUAUGUUUUAACAAAGAAAAACAGGUCUACUGUAUUUAUUGUGGCAUUUCUAAUUUCAUAUUUGUAUCCAUUCAACUUAGUUCCUAUCUGCCCUUUUCUACCCCCAAAUAAAUCAGAACAUGUGAA